AAAACGCGCUCUCAAAACAAAGGAAGACGGGUCCUCGACUGCAGAGGAAGCAGGAAGCUCUGACCCUGCUCUGAGCCCAGCUGCCGGGGCCUGGGGACAGCGGGAUGGAGUCCGUGGCCCUGUACAGCUUCCAGGCCACGGAGAGUGAUGAGCUGGCCUUCAACAAGGGGGACACGCUCAAGAUCCUGAACAUGGAAGAUGAUCAGAACUGGUACAAGGCUGAGCUGCGAGGUGCUGAGGGCUUUAUUCCCAAGAACUACAUCCGCGUCAAGCCCCACCCGUGGUACUCGGGCAGGAUUUCCCGGCAACUGGCCGAAGAGAUUCUGAUGAAGCGGAACCACCUGGGAGCCUUCCUGAUCCGGGAGAGUGAGAGCUCCCCAGGGGAGUUCUCUGUCUCCGUGAAGGCCCCCGGGCCUGCUUUGCCCAGGCCCAGUUUGACUUCUCGGCCCAGGACCCCUCACAGCUCAGCUUCCACCGCGGUGACAUCAUCGAGGUCCUGGAGCGCCUGGACCCCCACUGGUGGCGGGGCCGGUUCUGCGGACGCGUGGGCUUCUUCCCACGGAGCUACGUCCAGCCGGUACAACUGUGACCGGGGUGGGGGCCCGGGGCGGGGGCAGAGCCAGCAGGCCAUCCGCCCACCAGACACUGAGGUCCAGAGGGAGGACGUGGACGCCCCGUCCCAGGGUCCCACGGGGCUCAGCCUCACUGGAACGCGGACCUCCUCACUGCCAGGCCCGGGCUCCCUCUGCUUCAUACAAACGGAGACGGGGCCUCGGUGCCCGAGGACCGCUGCGAUGUGCAGUGCUCACCAGGCAGGGGGGGCUCCCAGAGCUUCCUGCUGGCCUCUUCCUGUUGGCUGCCAGCGGCACGGUGUCACGGGGCAGGGGGACAGAAGCCCCACUCACUCCAACCAUCAAUGGCCGCGGUCUCAGGGCUCUUGCAUUUGGGGGCUCUACCCGAGGAAGCAUGGCGGACGGGUUCACCUGGGGCUGACCAUCUUCUGGGCCUCCCUGCCCACCCUCGGAUGGCCCCUUGAGGUGUUCUGGCUACCGGGAAAGUGGCUUAGCGGUGAGGGACAGGCAAGGGGGCUGCACGCACAUUGACCUGGACCGAUGGACGGACUCCAGGUGGAGACUGACUUCUCAGCAGCCCCCUGACGACUUCGGGCCCCACUUGGGUGUCCAACACCCUCACCCCACCACAGACACUUUGGGGAGGGCCUGCGGGAGGGGAGUGCAGGGAUGAAAGAAACAGGCAGCUGUCCCUCUCCCAUAGGCCCGACACGAUGGACAAGCUCCGAGGGCAGGCCCCGGGCACAGCCACUUGGGGGACCCGGCUGCUCUGGCCUUCUCUGUGUAGGCCCAACUUCUGCCCGGACUGGGGUUCCCGGAGCUCAGGGAAGCUACAGGCCAGGCG